GUUAAUGUGUUACAAAAUUUCAAUAUAUUGUAAAAAUCGUGAGUGAAAUAUAUUUUUGUUGUUGUGAUUCUUAUUAAAAUAUUAUUAAUUAAUGAGUACUAUUAAGUACUAUGGACAAUGGAUUAGUUUCUUAUAAAAUUACAGAACCAAUGAUGCAAGUUUUUAAUGUUCAAGAAAAAUCUGAUUGGAUUAUUUAUAAUCGUUACAUACAACGAGAUUUAGAGUUAUGUAAAUUAUUAAUUGAUCAAGAUUUACGAAACACUAAGGAUAAUAACGAAUUUGCAUUUUAUAUAUUGGGAUUAAUAUAUAGAGAAGAAGGUAAGAUAAAAAAUUCAUAUUGGUGUUUUGAUCGAUAUUAUGCUUUGAAUCCAUUGUGCGUCGAAGGAGUCAAACAGAUUGCUCGGUCAUGUUUACUUUUGGGAAGAAAUGAUGAAGCUCGAAAAAUGUACUUGGAAGCAGAAAAAAUGAGUAGAGAACCAGAUACAAAAGUAUAUUAUAACCUUGGUUUGUGUUACUUGAACUUAGGAGAAUUGGACAAAUCUAAAGAAUACUUUCAUCGAACAAUUCAACUUAGUCGAAAUCAAGAUGCUUACGAAAAAUUAGCUUCAAUAUUUGCCAUAGAAAAUAAUUUUAAAAAUGCGACCAGUUUAUUAAUUUCGGCGUCAAAGUUGUUUCCAUUUAGCACGAAUAUAUCUGUCGACUUGGGUCUUUUAUAUAUGAAACAACGUGAUUACGAUCAAGCAUUUAACGUUCUCGGAAACACGCUGUGUCAGGAUCCCGAAAAUCCUAAAGCGCUUCUGACAUUAGCAGCUGAAAUGCAAAGAAAUUUUGGAUACGACGAAGCAUUGGCAAAGUACACUAAAGCUGUUACUGACUUAUCAGAAUGCUCUGAAACAUGGAAUAAUAUUGGAAUGUGUUUCUUUGGAAAACACAAAUACGUCGCGGCUAUAAGCUGCUUAAAACGUGCUAUUUAUUUGCAUCCAUUUAAUUGGAUAGCUUUAUACAACUUGGGACUUGUGCAUAUAUACACCAGACAGUACGUUUCAGCAUUUGUAUUUCUUUCAACUUCAGCCAAAUUAAACCCAAACCAUGCUGGUACUUUUAUGCUUAUUGGAUUGGCAUUAAAUCAUAUGAGCGACACAAGGAAUGCGGAAAAGGCUUAUCGUAAAUCCAUUGAGUUGAAUUCUGACAAUCCAGAAGCGCUAAUAAAUCUGACAAUCUUGGAAAUUAACCAAGGAAAAAUAAAAGAAGCCGAAAAAAAUUUCCACGCUUUUCAAGAAGCAUGUCUAUCGUGUGGUUCAAUAGAUAAAGAAAUUAUCGAACUCGGAAAGCAAGUUUCGGACGCUAUCAACGGACAACCGCAAUCGUUUGACGAAAACGAAGACGAGAAGCUCGAAAGUGAUGAGCCCUGCUACGCGGAGGUAGAAUAAUAGCGUUCCUCAUCAAAUAGGUACCUUCGUGUACGCAGGCGCCUAUUUAGAAAUCUGAAAACGGGGUAUCUACAUUUUUUCCAGAAAUAAAUACAAUUUUGAUUUUAGUAAGGAAUUAAUAAAUGGCGUGUGUUCAUUAUAUAAAUAAAUACGCAAUAUAUGUAACACGUCCAAAGUGCUUAAGUCUUGCUUAGCUUCCCUAAGAACCGCGAUUGCGAAGGCACAUGACACUUAUUAAUUUUAAUCUAAAUUGUACAAGUCUGAAAAUUAUAUAGUGGAAAUUAAAAACGCGUGAUUUAAAUUUACCGUACAGAUUUCAGUAGUGUUUAGGUAAACUGUGUUUUUAAAAUUUUUAUAUAUGCAUAAUAUAAUUUCAAAAUAAAUAAAUAAUAAUUUGAAAUAUA